AUGUCACAAGAAUCUGGGAGAGAAAUCGAAUCGUUAGACUCUGAUAUCAGAUCUUUUGAUUCAACCCAAGUGGAUCAGUAUCUUGCUGGUACCAACAAUGAUGCGAAUGAAAGUGCAAAUGCAAAUGCAAAUGCAAAUGCAGACACUGAAAACUCCACCAUACACAAAACACAAUCGAGGUUAAGCCAGCUCAUUGAAUCAAUUACUCAUAAUGAUGAAGCUGAGGAUUCCCAAGUCUUGAAGAAACUUCUGACCCAGAACUCUGAAGGUAUCAAGAAGUUGCAAACCAACCUAGAGCAAGAUGGUUAUGGUGAGAUGGGUCCAUUGGAAGAACCUAUUGAUAUGGUGAAGACAACUACAGCUUUUGAGAUGGAUCCCAAUACAAAGUUCCAUGAUGCGGAUCCGUGGAGAUAUCCAACUGAUCUCGACACACAGAUGAGAUUGGUUGUGUUCACCGACGAUGACAAGGAGGAUCCGAGAAAUUGGUCAAGUACCAAAAAGUGGUUUAUAACUGUGCUACUUGGAACUGUUUGUUUUGAUGUUGCGCUAGGUUCUGCUAUUGUCACCGGUGAUAUCGAAGGACCUGGUAAGACCUUUGGAGUUUCUCAAGAGGUUGUCAUUUUGACUGUUACUUUGUUUGUUCUCGGUUUUGGUUUUGGUCCUCUAUUAUUUGCUCCCCUCUCUGAAGAAUUUGGUAGAAAAGUUGUCUAUGUGAUCACCUUGGGUGUAGCGGUCAUUUUCAUUAUCCCCUGUGCGGAUGCAAAGAAUAUCGGUACUCUACUAGUUUGUAGACUGAUUGAUGGUUUGGCGUUUUCUGCUCCAAUGUGCUUGAUUGGUGGUAACUUGGCGGAUAUGUUUGAAGGCUCUGAUAGAGGUGUUGCUAUGUCUAUUUUCUCUGCAGCUCCAUUCUUAGGUCCAGUCAUUGGUCCUUUAAUUGGUGGUUACAUUGGCGACAAUGCAGGCUGGAGAUGGUUAUAUUGGGUUCUGUUGAUCUUCAGUGGUGUUGUCUAUGCCGCUGUUGUCAUCUUUCUUCCAGAGACUUCACAUUCACAGAUUUUGAAGAGAAGAGCAAAGAACUUGAGAAAGUUAACAGGUGAUAAUACAUAUAGAGCAUUAUGUGAAUUGAAGCAAAGGAGUCUCUCGGAAACAGCCAAGGAAACUUUAGCAAGACCUCUUGUUCUCUUGUCCGAAUUGAUUGUUUUCUUGAUCACCAUGUACAUGUCUGUGAUUUAUGGUUUAUUGUACAUGUUUUUCUUUGCAUAUCCAGUUGUUUACAUGGAAGGUAAAGGUUGGUCUGCUUCCAAAACAGGUUUAAUGUUUAUUCCAAUUGCUGUUGGUGUUCUGCUUUCAACAGCGGUUGCACCAUUCUUUAAUAAACAAUACAAUCAAAGAGCACAGGCAUACCGUGACCGCGGUGAAUUACCACCAGCUGAGUUAAGAUUGAUCCCAAUGAUGAUUGGAUGCUGGUUUGUUCCUGUGGGAUUAUUUGCAUUUGCUUGGUCAUCUUACCCAAGGCUUAGCUGGGCAGGUCCAUGCUUCUCUGGAUUUGCGUGUGGAUUUGGAUUCAACUGUUUGUACAACCCAGCAAACAACUACAUUGUCGACUCAUACCAACAUUAUGCAGCGUCUGCUUUAGCAGCUAAAACUUUUGUUAGAUCUCUCUGGGGUGCAAGUGUUCCAUUGUUUACUAUCCAAAUGUACCACAGAUUGGGUUACGAAUGGGCGACAACUCUCAUGGCGUUUAUUUCAUUGGCUUGCUGUAUCAUCCCAUACAUGUUCUACAUUUUCGGUGCUAGAAUCAGAAAGAAGUCCAGGUACGCAUAUUCUCCUGAAAAGAAGGGAGGCGUAUCUAGCGAUUCUACCUCCGAGGGCAAACAAUCUCUAUCAGAGUAG